AUGGAUGUUCCUGGACUGUUAUCUGAAGAUGCUACUUACGAUCGCCAUAGUACUUGUGAAAAAAUUCAGCAGGAUAGUACUUCUAUCAAGAAAAAUAUUGUUAAGUAUACUAAAAUGAAAAAAACAGAAACGGGACCCGUAGAAACCAUUUCCACAAAUAAAAAACAAAAAAGAUCCUCUUUAGCCUGUAUCAGAUGUAGAAAAAGACACAUGAAAUGUCCCACAGGGAACCCAUGUGCUAACUGUGCUAAAGUGGGAAUUGCAUGUGAAUAUAUGGUUCCAGAUAAAAAGUUAAACGUUUCAAUGACUUAUUUGCAAAAAUUACAAAAAGACUUAAUUGAUUUGAAAAAACAAAAUAUUCAAUUGAAAUCUGAUUUGGACUCACAUUCAAAAAAUACAUCUACAGUUCUUAAUAACACAGUUCUUAACUCUUCCGCUACCGAUACUGUCACUAAAAAAGGCUCUUCCAUAACAAAUCCAUCUGUAUCAGAUCACACUAUCAAUGAAGAAUGUGUUCCCAAUUUUGCUGAUAGAAGAGGCAGAUUAGUAGGUUCAAGAACAGGUCAAAAAUAUUUUGUAGGUUCCUCUUCUAUGACCUUGUUUGGAAUGGAAAUCCAGUCUUUGGUUCAAUCAGCUAAAAAUAAUAGACAAAAGCAUUUAAAUGAAAGAUCAAACAGUAAUGACAAUAUUGGUACAACUGAUAAUAAUAGUAAUAAUAAUAAUGAUAAUACAUUAAAUCAAAUUUUUGCUUCAAAAAACACAAAUACGUUGCCCGAGGUUGUGGAUACCAGUGCUAAACUACCGGAACCAAUAGAUAGAGUCUUGGAAGAGGAAGGUAAUGCUUAUAAAAUCGUGUUGUCUGAUACAGCAAUCGGUAAUAAUAAUACACUCAGCGUUAAUUUUACAUUACCAUCGUAUUCCUACGCCGUAUUACUAGUCGAUACGUUUGUAACAUAUAACGACGGUUGCUUUUAUUUUUUCAACGAAGGGUUUGUAAAAGAAGGUUUGAGAUUAACAUACAACGGUGAAAAUGUCUAUCAAGAUCAAACACUACAAACAAUCUGGUUUUGUAAAGUGUUAUUAAUAUUUAGUAUUGGCGAAAUGUAUUUGGGUAGAUCUAAUGAUCAAGACGGUCUCAAACUAACGAGCAGCAAAGGUGGUCCUAGAUUACCUGGAUCAGGUUUUUUUGAACAAGCUUCUGAAAUUUUCGACUGUUUAUUUAGUAGUGGAAGAAUUGAAAACUUGACCAAGAAAGGCGGAAUUGAGGUUAUGCUACUUUAUGCCUUUUAUUUACAAGUUGCCGAUUGUACUAUUGCAUCUUAUUUCUAUUUUGGUCAGGCCUUGAGGGCAUGUCUAAUCCUUGGGUGGCACGUAGAUGCUGAAAGAGAUACAUUGACUAGAUUUGAAUUGGAACAUAGAAGGAGGAUAUGGUGGACUGUUUAUAUGUUUGAAAGGAUGUUAAGUUCCAAGGCUGGGCUACCACUAAGCUUUAUGGAUAAUACCAUUUCCACUGAAUUCCCCAGUGAUUUCGAUAUGAGUAACCCACCUUCUCAUUGUGAACACUAUGUUUUCCCUGAGUCUGAUUACAUUGUAAAUUGUAUCAAAAUAACACAGAUAAAUGCAAAGAUUUUAAGCAAGUUGUAUCAAAGACAACCAACUUCCAAUAUCUUGCCCAUUUUGAAAGGAAUUAUUUUUGAUUUACUACAAUGGAGAUCAAACUUGCCGGAUUUUCUACAAGUUAAUUUUGAUGCCGAAUCUUUCCAUAUUUCCAGGCUUUGUACUAAUAUGUUUAGCGAGUAUUUCCAAGGUCUAAAUUUAGCCAUAAGACCAUUACUAUACCAUUUCACAUCUAUACUACUCCGGGAAAUUGGAGAAUUGGCUAAAGAUCAGCCUGUACCCUACAUAAAUUUACAAAAAUAUUCUAGAAAUAUAUCGAUGUUUUUAAACUGUUCAUUGCAAGCAUCGAUAAAUCUUAUUAAAUCUAUGAGAGAUGUAAGCCAGCAAAACAUGGUUGCAUUAUUCGGUUAUAUGGAUAGAGAAUAUUUGUUCACCUCUGCCUCUACCCUAAUACUCUUUAUUUCAACAUUUGGCGUAUAUGAGCAAACUAAAGUUUAUUUAGAUAGUGCACUACAAAUAUUUACAAAGAUGCGGAACUUGGGUAAUAAUCCAGCCGGGUUAAGAAGAAAACAGUUAUUGAAAUUAAUGUCAGAUUUGGAUUUUCAUCACGUUAUGACAGACUUAAUUGAAAAGCACAAUGACAAUUUGGAAGCCAACUUCAAGUACGAUGAACACUAUGGUUCAGAAGUCAAAAUAGUUUCUAUUCCAUCCUCGGUUUCUACUACAUCGAAUAUAUCACCAAGUAUGAUGCCUUCCUCUUCUUUGUUUUCUAAUAAUAAUGAUUCUCUUCCUGACACACAUAUUAUGCAAAAGAAUUUUUUUAUCUUAACCGAAAAUGUGUUGGGGCAUGACGCAAAUAUCAGCUUUGAAAACCUUUUGGAAGAUUCUAAUGAUUGUGUUCAUGAUACACAGCUAUGGAAAGAUAUUUCAGAUCAAGCAAUGUGGCUAGGGCACACAAAAUUAUAA